GUGAUUGCACACAACAAUCCAAUAAAAAAAAACCAAACUCCGAGAAGAAGAAAAAACAAAGUUACAAAAAAAGUAAGAAGAAAAAAAAUUACAAAAAUCAAGAAACACAAUGACAAAACUCUUCUCGGUUUUGGUUAUAUGUGUAAUUAUCUUUACUCACCAAACAACCGCGCAACAAGUCAAAGAAAAUGAAGAAAUCAACAAAGUAUGCAGUUUUGCGAAAUCAACAAACAGAAAACUUUGUCGCGAAGUUCUUAAAUCAGACCCAAAAUCUGCAACUGCAGACCUUACAGACUUAGCAAUAAUAGCACUACGUGUUGCAGCUAAAAAUGCUUCCGGCAUUUUAACCGAUGUCAAGAGUUUGAUCGACGACCCUGAUCUAGACCCCGAAAUUCAACAAGGUUUGGCUGAUUGUAAAGAAACAAUAUUAGACGCCGAGUCUCAACUUGAAGACACUAUUGCUGCAUUGUUAGUUGAUUCUGAGGUUGAUGCUCAAACAUGGUUGAAAGCUGCUUUGGCUGCUAUUACUACAUGCGAUGAUUCGAUUCCUGGCAACGAUGAUAUUUUGUCUGUCAAGAGUACAACUUUCCGCAAUCUCUGCAACAUUGUUGUUGUUAUUACCAAGGCAUUGCCUGUUAACAAGGCAAUGACAAUACCUAACGCUAACGUUAACAAGGCAAUGCCUAACGUCGCUAACGUUCACAAACAUGUUGGUGGUGCUUCUCAACAAAUUAUCUAAUUCAAAUCAUCAUGAUCUUUGCUUUGUGUUUUAUUAUUGAUCAUGCUUGUUUAAUUUUCACAUCAUUGUGAAAUUUGUAUUUGAAUCUUAUAUGAUUCUAUAGUAUUAAAAAGUUUCU